AUGGCGAGGUCCCCGCGCGGCGGCGGCAGCAGCAGGCGCAGCAAGUCCUACUGGAUGUGCAGCUGCGGCGGGUGGAACUGGGAUUGGCGCACCUCUUGCCUGGGCUGCGGGCGUGCGGCCCCGCCAUGGGCGAUGGGGGCGCCCCCGCCCAAGGCGAGGCCCAAGGCAGACAAGGAUGGCUGGGUGGAUCAGCCACGUGGGCGCCGUGCCCAGAGGCAGGCCCGCGGCGCGGCCUCGCGGGCAGCAUCCACCAAGUCGCAGACCUCGGCGUCGGCAGCAAGUGGGGCGCCCAGCGGUGGAGGCGCCGCGGCAAUCGAGAGGCCCCAGGCGGCAGUCGAGCAGCUCGAGGCGCUGCAGGCCGAGCCCCCAGACGGAGUGGACGGCUGCUUCAACGACGUCGUGGCCAGCCAGCUGGAGGCGAAGCGUGCCGAGCUGGACAAGGCCCAAAAGGCAGCAGCGGAGCAGAAGGCCUCGUCCCUGCCGCGGGCGACGCGGCUCCACAGGGAGGCGAACGCCAUCAGCAUGGGCGAGAAGCGGCUCCGGGCAGCCCGCCUGGAGCUCGAGCAGAAGCAGGGGGCGCGCGACCUCGUCGAGGCCCAGCUCCAGGAGGCCCAGGAGAAGCUCGCGGAGCUCGACGACGAGGUGGAGGAGGCGAGCCCGGCGCUCCAGGUGCUCGAGAAGGCAGCCCGUGAGGAGGCCGAGGCGCUGCGCCGCCGGCGCGCAGCCGAGUGGACAGGAGCCAGCCAGGUGCCGGGGCCCCUCAUGCAGCUGGAGAAGCUGCCAGAGGCGUGGGGCUCCAGCAACUUCGAGGUGGCCCCGGCAGCCAUUCGCGCCCAGAUGGAGGCACGCGCGCCGUGGGCUGAGUCCUGCCCCAUGGAGGAGGUCAGCAGCGACAGCGGCAAUCUCGCGGACGGCGGCGGCGCCUGGCAGCCCCAGCCAGCAGCGGAGCGAGGCCAAGCCGAGCGGCGCGGCAAGGCGCUGGGCGAGUGGCCAACGGUGGCCCAGGCAUGCAAGCGGGAGCUGGCGGCAGAGGCAGCGGACCUGGCUCCCCUGGCUGCUCAUCCUGCUGGCAGCCAGGGCCAGCGAGUGCAUAGCGAAGCCUGUGCGGCGGGCCUGCGCCUGCACGUGAGCGGCACCGAGGUCGUCGAGGGCGACUUGGCGGGGCUCCACAGCACGUGCGCCCUCGACCCGCCCUGGGGCCAGGAGCGCGCUGCAAGGCCCAGCUGUGUCCACAUCCUCCUGGACCCUGGAGAGAACGCAGUUGGGGCCAUCGAGUUCGGCACUAGCGAGUGGGGCGACCCCGUGGGCAGAGCAGGCGUACCUGGGCCUCCCGAGGCGACGGCCAGGAGUGCGGAUCCGCAGCGGCAGCGACGGGAGGAGACGGCUGCCAGGGGCGGUGCAGCCGCCACAGGCGUGAGCCGUGCCUCGCCCGUCGGCGCGGUGGCGCGGACCCAGUGGAUCGGCGACUGGCACCUUGAGUCGGAGUGGUGCAUGGUCAUGGACCUCGGUGACACGUUCGACCCCAUGUUCCUCGAGCCGCGGGCGAUGUGCUCGGGGGCAAGCACGUAUGCUCAGCAGGCCUGCUACCGCCAGGUGAGGCGGGACCCCUCCUCCAGGCCCCUCUCGCUUCGGCAGUCGUGCAGGGGCGCCAUCGGGCUGCGGUUCAGGCCAGGAGUCAAGUGGUGCGUGAAGGGGCAGCGAGCACGAGGAGGAGGUGUCGGCGAACUCGACAGCGAGCAGUACGUCCAAGGCUCGGCCUCGAGCAGCGGAGGGCCCCCUCCUGCUGGCGGGAUCGGCCAUGAGCGGUCCGCGGCGGCUUCGGAGCCCAUGCAGGCUGGGGAGGCCCUCGGCGGCGGCGCUCCAGCUACGCGGCCCCGCCUGGAGGACAGCCGCUCGACGGGGAGCAGCGCGGCCGCCCUCUCGGCCACCGCUGUCGCCUUCGGCGUCCUGGGGCACGUGCUCAGCUAUGCCUGCGCGGGCGAAGGAGAGGGCGCCCAGGAGAUCGUGGCGUGCACCAAGUGCGGCGCCUACAAGGCGCAGUGCCCAGGGCCCAGCUACCUGACCAACAAGUCGGGCAGGAACCAGCGCAGCCUGCGGGGGCGAGGGCCCCAUCCUGGCGGCGGGCCUCGAGCGGGCGAGCAGAGGAUGAGAGCAGAGGGCGCCCCUGCCUUGCGCUCGCAAGGGCCAGUGCCAGGGCACGCCCAGGAGCGCUACCUGGAGUGGCUCGGCAUGGAGGCGGAGCCAACAGGCGGAGCCUCCACCGCUGCCAGCAGCUCGGGCAGCGGCCCAGCGGCUCCCGCGGCAGUGCAGGUUGAGGAGUCGGCGGCGGCCAGCCUGCCCCAGCAGCGGCCAGGCCCGAGUGCUGGCGCCCUCGGCGCAGGCGGCGCCGCCGAGGAGGAGCUCGCAGCCGCGGGGCCCGCGCCUAGCGGCAGCCUGGUGG